ACCACAUCCUCUGCUGACAUCAGCCCGCGCCGCCAUAUUGGAGGAGAAGCCACCUCUGCCAGCUCGGCCUCAUCAGGUGAGGAACGCCGGCUACCACCGCCACUGCCUCCGCCUCUCCUGCUUCGGCCGAAUCCCGCUCCCUAUGAUUCUCCUCGGCCGGCCACUGUCCCGUUGCGGAUAAGACGGAGGCAGGAGUGGCUCCCGUCCCUUCUCCCCUCCCUAGCUGUCGCCAAGCUCCUCUCCCUGUGGUGGGUCUUUGACCUUCCACCGCCUCCAGCCAUGACUUCCUUGACCCAGCGUAGCUCCGGGCUGGUGCAGCGCCGGACAGAGGCCUCCCGCAGCGCCGCCGCCGACAAGGAUCGGGAGGCGGGAGGCGGCUCCGAGGAUGGAGGCCGCCGGGACGAGCCCGGAGACGACGAGAAGGGCGACUCCAAGGAAACGCGGCUCACCCUUAUGGAAGAGGUGCUGCUCCUGGGCCUCAAGGACCGUGAGGGUUACACAUCAUUUUGGAAUGACUGCAUAUCCUCGGGAUUGCGUGGCUGUAUGUUAAUCGAAUUGGCAUUGCGGGGGCGUCUUCAGUUAGAGGUUUGUGGAAUGAGGCGCAAAAGUCUAUUGACAAGAAAGGUGAUUUGCAAGUCAGAUGCUCCUACAGGGGAUGUUCUGCUUGAUGAAGCUCUGAAACACAUAAAAGAGACCCAACCUCCUGAAACAGUACAAAAUUGGAUUGAACUGCUUAGUGGUGAAACAUGGAACCCACUGAAGUUGCACUACCAGUUGCGAAAUGUCCGUGAAAGGUUAGCUAAAAAUCUAGUGGAAAAAGGCGUACUGACAACAGAAAAACAGAACUUCCUUCUUUUUGACAUGACUACACACCCUCUCACCAACAACAAUAUCAAACAGCGCCUCAUCAAAAAGGUUCAAGAAGCGGUUCUUGACAAAUGGGUGAAUGACCCCCACCGCAUGGACAAACGCUUGCUGGCACUUGUUUAUUUAGCCCAUGCUUCAGAUGUUCUGGAGAAUGCUUUUGCCCCUCUUCUGGAUGAGCAGUAUGAUUUAGCCACAAAGAGAGUGCGGCAGCUUUUGGAUUUAGACCCCGAGGUUGAAUGCAUGAAAGCCAACAUGAAUGAGGUUCUAUGGGCUGUUGUAGCAGCUUUCACAAAAUAACUGUGCUCAGACUGGUGUUCUCUCUUCUCUCAUGUAAACCAGUUGUUUUUCUUCUAUUGACUAUUCAUGUUUUAUGUAAUUUCUACCUUCUCACAUGAUGAAUCAACUCUUGUAUGAUAGGAAUUAUGUGGUGUAUUCCCUCCUUCUCUGUGUACCUGUAUACAGGAUUCUGCUGGUACAAGAGACUUUCCCAGUUGAAAACAACAGAAGAAGUUUUUACUGCCAUAUUGGCAUUCUAUUUCCUAUUCAGUUUUGAGUUAUACGAAAUACUUUGUUCAAUCUAUUUUUCAUCUUACUGUUAUUGAAGUGGUUUAACACGGAAAGUACCUCAAGGAGGAAAUGUGCAUGCAGUUGGAUCACUAGUCUCAGCUGACACAGAUGUGUGCAUGCAUCAAUACUUCUGCAGUACAACUUCUAACAGAUUGAAGAAGGGCCUUUUAAAAUCACCAAAGCUUCAUGCUGAAGUGUCUGUCAGGGCAUUUUAUAUACAGAUGUUGUUUCAAUUAUAUCUCACAAAAUUACUUUAAAAGCAGAAAUUCCAUUAAGCAGCUUUUUCAAUAGUUCCUGUAAAAUGUCCCAUAAAUUUUACUUUUCAUGCAAGUCUCUUGUGUACUUAUGUUUACGUUAAAAUGAUAACUGAGUCAUAAGUCUAGUGUUGAAAGGUCCAAUUGUUUCAUAAACCUGUUUUGGGAUGGGAUACAUUCCAUUAUAUUGUAUAUAUAGUUCAAAUUGUAAAUUAAUAACUGACCUAUCUUACUAUUUUGCAAGAUCUACUUAGUUUUACACCUGGUCCCCCUUAUUUGCCAUCAGCCAUUUGAUAGAAAGAAAGGCCUCCUAUAAAGAGUAUGUAUGUGAAAGCUGUUUGUUUCCAGUGUCUACGGAGUUUGCCAUCCAGAUAUUCUAAGCCUAUGCAUUGCCUUUGAUAAUUACCAUAUAGAAAGAGACCACUUUCUAUCAUUAUCUGUACUUUUUUUUCUUCGAUUUUUCCCCCUCCUGUAUGGAAGAGGCUUGUGACUAGUACAAUUCUUUAAUGCAGUUUUUAAUUUUGGUUGUACACAAAUUAAUAUUUGUUUCUUAAACCUCUCAAUCUAUUUUACACUUAUAAAACAAAAAGUCAGUUCUAGCAGGUGUUGCAUGUAAAUGGUUUGCAAGUAAUGACUGCAAUUCAGAUGAUUAAAAUUUCUGUAAUGGGAUGCUGUGCUAUAUUUUAAUUUUUUGUAUACAAUUAUGCUGAUUAGCACACUAUUGUAAAAUAUAUACAUAUAAAACUUUGUCUUUUUAAAAAUUUAUUGCCUCUUUGCCACUGCUUGUUAUCUCCCAUUGAUUUCACAGUGCAAAUAUUAUGCAUUGAACAAAUUGAGCAUCGAUUUAUAUGCAUUCUUUUUCCCCAUAACAAUGAAGAUUUAUAGAGGGGCUUACAGGUGUCUAGAAACUUUUUUUAGUUAAUAUUCAGAACAACAAUGCUAGAUGGUAUAUAACUUUAGAGUUAAAAUUUAAGGGAUCCCUUUAUCUGUAUACUAACUUUUUACCUACAGUAAAUAAACUAUGAUCUUAAAAGUGCCUGAAACAGAGCAAGCAUGUAAUUUUUUUGUUGUUGUUGCUAAUUAGAAAGGUUUUAUUGCUUAACUGAAAGCUUUAGUUAAUGUCCUUCUUCUUAGAAAGAGAGAGUUUGUAUUAAGUAGAUUGAACUGACCUAAUCAGCAGUGUCACUCAGAUCUGCAGGAUUCAUGGCUGAGACGGACAGAGUUAGCUUAUAAGUGUGCAGCUGUGCCUGCCAUAGGUGGACCUCUUCUAUCUUAAGCAGAACUCUAUGGCCUCAUCUGUGACUGGACUUCCAAUUUUGCACUUAAUUUUAAAUAAUUUAAAUGCUUAAGUAGUUGAUUUUAAAAUACAACUUAAAUUCAUCAUACGUAUAUAACCUUUCUUUAAUAAAGAUUUUUAAAACGUGGUCCUUAACAUUUAGUGGCAUACUGUUCUUUCAGUUCUUGAAUUAUGUUUCUUUAGAAAAAUUAAACUUAAAGUAUAUUGUAAGGUAUUUCAAACUUUGGUUUACAAAUAAAAAGAUAAAGUGUUCCCCCAUCUGUAAGAUGCUGUGUUUAAAACCUUGAGGACCUUCGGCAUAAACUUUGGACAUUUUCUUUUAAACAUUUUCAAAAAGUGAUUGCUUUAAGUGGAGGAAAAAUGAAAGUUGCUCUGUUGCUCAUAUUUGAAAACUAACAGAAUACUUUCUUUACUUUAUAGUAUAUGUUAACUCAUUGCUUUCAUUGUCUCUCUCUCUCCUAUGGUCUGUUUUCUCAUUUUCUGUUGCCGUUUGAGAGGAGAGAAAAUUAAUUAGGUGGAAAAAUCAGAAAAAUAGUAAAGUAUUUGUGAGCAAGUUGAGUGCACAAAACUUUAAAAAUGGCUUUGAAAAUCUAAGCUACUUGAAACAUGCUUCAGACUGAAAGUGUCUUUUGUAGUCCUUUUUCUGUCCUCUCAUCUUCAUUCUGUCAGUAUUUUUCAUGUUCCUGCUAGAUUCAUGUUACAUUGUGAAAGAUAUUGGGAUUUUGUCACCCUUAUAGGCAACAUGGUUUAAAAUAAAGUCACUGUUC